AUGUCCAGUGCCGGAUUCUUAGUGUUAGUGUUAGUGCUGAUAGUGACCUGCUCAGAGGCAGAACCCGCGACCGAGUUCGUAGAGGCCUCAGAUGGGGGCACCGCCUCCUUACCGUGUAACCUCACCCCGACGCUCAUCCCCGAUAAAUUAAGUGUUGUUCUGUGGUAUAGGGGUGUCGAGGAAUCGCCUAUCUAUAAAUAUGACGUCCGGGGUAGUCACCCCCAACAUUGGGCAGAGCCUUCCCUUCACAAUAGAUAUUUUCUGAGGAUCCUGGAUGAUCACAGGGCUAUGAUGAGCAUAUCCCCCACAAAGUUAAGCGACGAGGAGAUUUUCCACUGCAGGGUCGACUUCCAGAACUCCCCAACGCGCAUCACGCACGUCAACUUGACUAUAAUAGUGAGUUCUGGAAAAUUCGUCAAACUCGUUGAAGAUAAUGAAUAG